CAACAGCAGCAACAGGAGCAACAGCAGCAGCAGCAACCGCAACAUGGCAGUUGCUGCACGUAGCUGCAGUGGGCGUGGCCAGGCAGCUAUCGCCCUGUGGUUAAUAUUGCUGCUGGUCGGCGACAGCAGCAAUGGCCAGGCGCAAGCAGCAACAAUUGCCGCCACAGCAAGUGCAACAACAACAGCCACACAACAUUUGAAGUUUGGUGUUGCCGGCGAUACGCCCACACUGACUGCAACGACAAAGCAUGAGCAACAGCAGCGUCAGCACAGCAGCAACACCACAGCAACUACAGCAGCAACAACAGCAGCAACAGCAACAGUUGCUAAUGCAAGCAGCCAGUCAAUAACCACCACAACACCAACAACAACAACGGAACAGCUGACACAGUCGGUGGACGCGGUGGUGCGGCUGCUGGACCUGGAAGUGACAGCCGCACCACCAAUUGGCAGCGGACACGAUGGACUCAAGCUGACUAAGAAGAAGCAGCUGCAGCAGCAACACUUUGCCACAGCAGCAACAACCACCAGCAAACUGGAAAUAGACACUACUGACGCACCCAGCACCAUCAGCACCACCAGCACCACCAGCACCACUCCAGAUAGCAGCACAAAGCCCGAGCUGCUGCCCGUGCCCAACGGCUAUUUGGGACCCAUUUUUAUGGGCGAGAAAACGUUUAGUGUGGCGCACCCACUGAAGAAGCCACUGGCGCCCAACCACCAGGAGCCGGCACCGCAUGACGACACCAUCGAGCAGCAGCUGCGCGAGGGGCGCAUCGUGGAGAUCCUGGCGCCCACAGCUCUGCUCGAAUCGAACGUUGAGAGCAGUUCGCAGCGACCGGCAACCACCACUAGCAGUACCACCACCAGCAGCAGCAGCAGCAGCAGCACCACCCUGCCGGCUGCACCACACACGCAGUCAGUAAUGUCAACAACCGUAUUUCAGGUGCCGGAGCCGCAGAGCAGCACCACCCGUCUGCCCAUGGCAGCGGCUGAGAUAACGGUGGCCGGCUCAGCGGUGCUGGCGGCACCACCGCGCACCGAAUCCAAAAUAUCCGACAUACAAAUCGAGGUCUACGACUCGACGGUCGACUCGAUCGUGGCCUCGACGAAUUUCCGCGACUCGCAGGGCUACUACCCGAAGCCGCUGGAGCGGUGGCCGGUGGCCGGCACCACCAAGCCGCCCAGCUCGCCCAUGGCCCAGGAGCGCUUCACCCAGUACGUCAUCGAUCGCGCCGAUGUCUCCACCCAGCCGGCCGCCGGCAUGGGCCAGGCUGUCCUGGGCGUGGCCGGCGUGGGCGGCGUGGGCAAACCCGAGCCGGCUGCCAUCGAGAUCCACAUCAAUGUGUCGGAGGCCUUCGGCAACGAGAGCGAGGAUCUGGAGUUCUCCUACCGCCAGCCGGCGGCCGGCGACGCGAAGGCGAGCAAGCCCAACGAUGAGAUCCUCGUUGUGGAGAUCAUCGACAACAGCACCGAGAAUAUAUCGAGCGCCAGUGCGGAGCACUUGAAUCUCAGUUCGAUGUUCAGCUAUCCGUACCACUCGGACGCACCGCCGCCGGCAGUGCGCCCGCCGCAGGAUGCGGCCGACGAGCUGUUCAUGGCCGACACGAAGGGCGGCGAUCGGGCUGGCCUGCCGAGGCCACCGCCACCGCCACCGCCGCCGCCGCCGCCGCUGCCGCGCAAGCCGAGCAUCGACCGGGACUCUGACACCAUCUUCUAUAUAUCGAACACGGAGGUCAAGGUGGGCGAGUCCCUGCCCACGGCCAGCUCCAGCAGCGAGCAGCAGCAGCAGCGCAAGCUCCAGUUCGAGAAUCAGUUCUUCCCCGCCAGCUACAGGCAGGAUCCGUCGCAGUUGCAGUCGCAGUCGCAGUCGCCGUCGCAGUCGGAGCGCAGCUCUGCAGUCACAGCCCGCUAUGAGGAGGACAUAAUACUCUCGCCGCAGCAUCACACGGCCGACGCACUGAAGAUUCUGCGCAGUCCCAGCUCCAGCUCGGACGGCGCACCGCCGCUGGACGUGACCUAUGUGGGUGAGUCGGUGAUUGAGGUGGAGCAGCAGUCGGUGCCGCCACUGGUUCCCGCCAGCUCCCAGCAGCCGGACAUAAUCAUACAGCCGGCGGUGUUGCCCGACCUGGCCAUCGGAGUGCCCGUGAUUGGGGAGCUGCCGCCGCAGAUCGAGCUGAAGGAGAUCGACUAUAUGCCGGGCGAGCUGAUCGGGCAGGGGCGCAGCAUCUAUGAGAACGACAUCGAGAGCAACGGGCUGGGCCUGUCCAGCGAUCCGGAUGUCAUUGAGAGCUCCAUUCAGUAUGGCGGCGAUCUGAUCGAUGACGGUGCUGGCGGCGGCUUCGACGGCGUCGAGGGCUCCUACCCAUUCGAGAGUCCCGCCCACCGGCUGCAGCAGCAGGACGCAGAGCAGGCGCAGCACGGCCUCAGCCACCAGUCGAUCAAUCACGGCUUCAGUCACCUGCAUCGCGAGGAGCUGCCUAUGGCGGAGCUGCUCAACGCCACGCUCCAGCUGCACAACGAGAGCGCCAAGGGCAGCAAGUCGGGCGCGGCCUCGGCCAUGGCGCCGCUGCUGCACGGCGAGCGCAUGGGCAAUGCCACAGCUCUCUCCGAGGAUCCGCUGGCCAACUACGAUGGCUUCCUGAAUCUGUUUGCCGUCUCGAUGGGGCUCAUCAUAGUGGUUCUGCCCGCCGGACUGCUGACGUCCAUGUAUUGCGCCGUGCGGUAAGUAAAUGCUUCUAUAUGCUGU